GUUGAUUAUGCAAAGUUGCGCGCGUGUUCAGUACGGUGUUCCGCUGUUCAAGGUUACUCCCCGGAAUAGAAACUCCACGCUGAAAGAAGUCGUGUCUUUAUUUAUGAAAUCUACUCACCACUUGCGGCGAAAUUCAAAACCUCUGAAAAUGUCUGACUCAGUUUUUGUGAAAUCUGUGCGGAUUGCUACUGUUGUAACAUUGUAUUGGUAAGAUUUACGUCAAAAUCAAGACAUACUUUAGGAAUUAUUUCUUUCAAGUUAUUCUGAUAAGUUACAAUUAAUUCUCUCUGAUUUGAAUUUCAUGAGCAUAACUAAAACUGCCACGUUACAACCCGCGAAAAUUUUCAGUUUCGCUUUUCCUGUUUAUUUUUUCAUUCAUUGUACUGUUGUUUAUAUAUAUUUUUUGGCGUUUUUAUCAUUUUUUUCAAGGGUGAUCUCAAUAUCCAUGGUGUUCUUGAACAAGUACCUUCUCAGCAGUCCUGACCUGAAGGUAAGAUCUGACUGUAAAUUCUCCCUUCCAUCUGCCUCGCAUUUCCUUGUAAAUUAGUUCUGCGAAUUUGGCUUUAGAUCAAGGUAACAACUUCCACCAGAUAAGUUUGAGUAUUCUCAUUACCUGUUUGCUGGAUAAUUGGCAGGUAUUACAGGGAGAAGUUACAUGUUGAUCAUCUCUGGGGACUAACACUGCUUCUCUUUUUUUUCAGCUUGAUGCUCCACUGUUUGUCACUUGGUUUCAAUGUGUUGUUUGCUUAAUUUGCUUGUUCCUUCUGAGUUUUUUGGGAGAUAAAUAUCCACGGAUUGACAAGUUCCCAGCUUUCACUAUUGAUCUAAAGGUGUCAAGAGAGGUGUGUACAGUUUUUUCAUAAUUCAGUUGUCUUGUCUAUUGUGUCAUUUGCAUAUAGCUUUUUUUUACUUUUUGAAGGGUGCCAUGUUGGUGCACCUGCUAUUAUUAGGAAUUCAACUUGUGUGACUAUUGGAAAUUAAAGUAUCAUCUGUAAUAUUUCAUGCUAUGUGUCAGGUAUCUUUAUUGGAGCAAACUGUUAAAUGCAAUGUGUGCAACAAAGAUAGGGGUUUCUUGGAUGUACAUGUUGAGCAAAGUUCGCCAAGGCUCUUAGAGGAUUUCUAAGUUUAAUUUGUAUGAUUGUAAUUUGUACUUGGAAAUCUGAGCAUUAAAUAGGAAUCUCUACAUCAGUGCUAAGGGGUUUUCAUGUCAGACCUCUUGCAUAUUUGAUCUUUGUAUAUAGUUGAGGCCAGAUGUAUGACACAGUACCUGUCACUUCCAAGAUCUCAAUAGCAAUUCUCCUUUCUGUCUAUGAUUUGUCUAUGAUUUAUUUCUCUUGAUGCUAGUUGAGAAUUUGGUGUUUAUUGAAAUCCAAUGAUAGCCUCCAGUUGAGGUGUCUCUUCAUAUAUUCUCAUCAGUUGUUUACUCAACACUGUAUUGAUACUGUAAGGGGGGAAUUUACUUCAUGGUCAUGCAUGGUAGUGAAAGGGUUGAUUGGUUCAUAGCUUAGUUAUCAUUGUUUUUGUGUCUCCAGUUAAGAGGUGGAGCCACAAUGUCUGUGCUUUGUCCAUUUGCCUCAUUUCGAUUUUUAGCCCUUUACACCCUAACAUCAGUAUCCAUAUUCUCUAUACUCUUCCCUAUACAUGUCCUUUGGUACUGACAGGGAGAAUUUGUCUAACAAUCAAAACUUCUCAGGUCGGCGAUCAUUUCCUUUAUUCUCAUAUCUUAAUGAAUAAUAUAGCAGUAUUACUGUAAGAAGGAAAUAGAUGCUGGUCAAUCUCAAGGUUUAACACGUCAAGUAAUUUAAGGAGAAAUUAGGUGCUGAUCACUCUUAGGGUUUAAAGGGUUAGUGAUCAUGUUGUUCUUCUUCUCUGACAUUUCUACAGGUUCUUCCAUUGUCUAUUGUUUUUGUGGGAAUGAUUACUUUCAAUAACCUGUGUCUCAAGUACCUUGGAGUGUCAUUUUACAAUGUUGGAAGGUCACUUACAACUGUUUUCAAUGUGGUAAGUACUAUGAUUACACUAUGAUAAGAUACAACUAAGUUUUGAACUGCAAUUUGAGGAAGGGUUUUUCAUUUCACCACAGUUUUCUGCUUACUGUUUAUUUGGGUUAUUGUAAUACAAAGCUGUAGGGGAUUUGAUAUGUGAUAAUCUUGGUAGCAGUUUGUCAUGAGACCUUGAAAAAUGAUGAAACAGAAACCUGCUUGUGUUUGUUUAGCUAAUUUUACUGGAAUGGUGAAAAUAAUGAUACCAACUGAAAAAAGUUGUGAAUGCAAUAAAACAAUAGAGUUUAUGUUUCGCAGGCACAAAUUUCUUUUGAGCCAUUUUUGCAGUCAUUUUCCCCCUUGCCUGGCUUGGGCAGGAACAUAAGCUGGUUACUAAACAGUCAGAACAAUAAUGCAAGCAUGCAAGGGAACUGAAAUACAUUUUAGCCUGUCAAAAUCUUGCCUUCAGCACACAAACUGCAUCACAGUGCCCGAAAAAUGAUAAUAAUGGAUGACAUUUUAGUUUAGUUAACUUUGCUCGGUUUGUUUUGUUGGUUAGAUCUGUUCCUUUAUUAUCCUUGGCCAGAAGACAUCCUGCAAAGCCAUGUUCUGCUGUUCCAUUAUUAUUUGUGGUUUUCUUUUGGGUGUCGACCAAGAAGGAAACUCAGGAGAACUGUCCUAUCUUGGAAUUCUGUUUGGAGUGUUAGCCAGCCUUUGUGUAUCCCUAAAUGCAAUUUUCACCAAAAAGGUUCUCCCAGUUGUUGAUAGUAACAUCUGGCGUCUGCAACUCUAUAACAAUUUUAAUGCUGUAUUUCUUUUCCUGCCUCUUAUGGUGAUAUGUGGUGAAGUGAAAGUGAUCUAUGGCUUCCACAUGCUCAAGUCAGUAUACUUUUGGGGUGUGAUGGUAUUGGGUGGGUUGUUUGGAAUCGCAAUCGGAUAUGUAACAGGCCUUCAAAUCAAAGUGACAAGUCCAUUGACGCACAAUGUAAGUGGAACUGCCAAGGCUUGUGCUCAGACAAUUCUCUCUGUGACAGUGAAUCAUGAGAUUAAAACAGCUUUAUGGUGGUUAAGUAAUGCGUUAGUUUUAGGGGGUUCAACUGCUUACACAUUUGUGAAACAUAGUGAAAUGAAAGCACAGCAUAACAAGGCUGAGCAGACUCACAAAGGCAAUGGAAACCACGGAGAGCAGAAAAAUGGAGGGAAUGUUGUUUAGUUUUUUUAAGUCUUGUUUAGUUGCACCUAAGGAAUAUUUCUUUCAAACUAUUAACUUAGUUUGAAAUUUUAUGCUGCGAAUUUUGUUAUUCUCAAAAUUAAAGUUAAAUAAUCCUCUUUGCCUCAGUUGUAACUUCAAAGAUAAAAUGAUAUUUAUAAGUUAGAGAAAACUAGGGUCAGUUAACCCUUUAACUCCCAAGAUCUGAUUGUCAAUUCUCCACUCUAGCAACAACACAAUUCUUGUAAAAGAAAUUAGGUAAUAGAUCAAGAUGACAUCUUUAACCUGAUAAGUUUGAAUAUUCCCAUUACCUGUUUGCUGAAUAAUAUAUGGAUAUUACAGGGAGAAAUUGCAUGUUAAUCACUUCUGGGAGUUGAAGGGUUAUUGUAUAUAUUAACUUUUUGUUCAACAUUCAAAGGUGAAAAUUUUGUUGUUUUAAAUAUUUAUGUGGAAUAAACCUCUUCAAUGCCUCUAUUGUAUAUUCAGAGAUAAUUAAUGGUUUUUAAGUUGGAGAUGACUAAGGCCAGUUAAUCUCGCUACAGAAGAAUACUGCAUGUUAUUAUUCUGCCAUAUUGUAACAGACAUGAAAAAAAAUCUGUUUAACACGACAUCUUGAAUUCUUGGUUUUUUUACCCAUUAACUCCCAAGAUCUGAAUUUUAAUUCUCCCCUCAGCUACUACAAAUUUCCUUGCAAAUGAGUUAUGAGAAUAUGGUGUUAAAUCAGGAUAACAUUUUCUAUCUGAUGAGUUUGAUUAUUCUUAUUACCUACAUCUGCUGGAAAGUGUGUGGUUAUUAUAGGGAGAAGUUACAAGUUAAUCAGUUUUUGGAGUUAAAGGAAUAACUUGCUGACAGAAGAAUACUGUAUUAUAUUUCUGCCAUUUUUUUGAAUAAUCAUGAAAACACUCAAAAUAAUCCUGAUUUCUUGAAUUCUUGGUUUCUUAAAUUUUCCUGGUAAUAGAAAGUAAAGAUGGCUUUAUUUCUCAGUAAAAUUUUGUCCCUGAUGUCUCCUAACCUUAUAAUAUUCACACCAGGAACUUCACAAAAUCUUGAUUCCAGUGCUCAAAGCACAUUACAAUACUAUAACAAUAAAAAAUUAUUAAAAAAGGCACUUAGAUACCAUUGUAAAUCAUGAUACAACCAUCUUGAAACUUUAUACAGUCUUCCUGAUAUGUAUUUACAGUCACCUUGCAUAGGAUAAUAAGAAGAAUUUUUUAUGUAAUUGUCAACCAGUUGGAAGGCAUAAAUCUUAUUUAAUCACAUUAGUAAAUAUGCUAAAAAGUAGUCAACACCCGCCAGAUUUGAGCCAAUUUUUUUUGCAGCUUCCUGACAUGAUCCACACAAGUUUAUAAUCUUAUAAACUUUAAGAUGGGUCAUCAAUAAUUGUCUCAAAAUUGUAAAAGUGUAGAUUUUCUCAAAUACCCAUGAAAUAAUAAAACAUCUUUUAUCAAAUUUCAGUACAUAGAUCAAUUAUUGGAUAGAUAUUGUGCUUGGGGUAAAUAAUGU